AUGAACUCUUCAGAUUCGGAGGAAAUGCUAAUGUUCUCCUCGGAUUCGAGUGACGAAGAGGAGCUGCUUUUGCUUCUCGCCAUCGAGGAGGAACAAGCAACAGCAGCGUGUCGUAGCCGUCAGCGUGGGUCUGUGCCAGGCCAUGCGGUCAUAGACCGUCAGCACCGCAAAGGUGCUGCUAAGCUCUACAACGACUACUUCGUCGACAACCCUGUGCACGGUGAUGUCCUGUUCCGACGGAGGUUUCGUAUGACGCGACGUUUGUUCUUGCGUAUUGCGGCCACUGUGGAGCAGCAUGACGCAUGGUUCCGGCAGAGCAGGGAUGCAACCGGGAAACUCGGCCUUAGCCCGUUGCAAAAAAUGACAGCGGCGAUCCGGCAACUAGCAUACGGCGUCAAUUCCGAUUCAGUUGACUAG